GCAUUCACUUCUUAAGCCUAGACAUAGAAGAGUGUGUGUGUGUUCUAAAGCUCAGUGUUCGAGUGUUUUCAUGGCAUCUAGCUCAAUGUCUUCACGUGGGUCAGGUUCAUGGACUACGAAGCAAAACAAGGCCUUUGAAAAAGCUCUUGCUGUGUUUGACAAGGAUACUCCAGACCGAUGGCACAAUGUCGCAAAGGCUGUUCCUGGGAAAACGGCUGAGGAAGUCGAGAGGCAUUAUCAACUCCUUGUGGAAGAUGUUAACAACAUCGAGAGUGGUCGAGUUCCUUACCCUAUUUACAGAACUAGUCAUAAAGGGGCGUAACUAAGGGAAUCAACGCUCCAUGGAAGCAAGCAUGGAUAUGGAAAUAUAUAAGUGAUUCCUUAAUGUAAUUUUGUUUCUGCAAUCGGCUGGCAAAUCUCUUUUGUUCUUCAUUGUAUGGCAUAAAACGCACGUCGUUAUUCAAAUGAGAUAACAGGCAAAAUGUGCUUUCUGAUUUCUUCAAUCUUUCCAUUAGUAAAAUUUGCAAGGAAAUUCUGUAUUGGAAAUGAACUAAUCCAAUGUGUGUUUAUUA